AUGUCACAGCUGCUGUCACCAACAGACCUGCAAUUGCGCCUGCAGUCUUUAGUGGCAAAGCCGUCGAAGCGUACAAAGGAACAACAUUUUGAGGCCUACAAUAAACUCCGUCAACGCAUGAAAAACCAACUAAAGGAAGCAGCAAAAGGACAGGGAACUUCAUUAGCUUUAAAUAACAUCGAUGAGUUGACUAGGCUCUACUCAAUUGUUGAAAAGGAUCAUGUUAGAGAUACAAAAGUUCAUCUUGAAGACUCAGAAGUGUUUAAAGAAGCAUCGGGCUUUGCGGCAUUGAAUGCGAGAAAUAUACAACUAGGAGAAACCGGGGUUUCACUUAAUGAGAAGGAUGUUAUAAAAAGAUUAAAAAGAUGGGCUGCUACAGAUGAAUCUGUGGUUGGUGUUGUUAAACAAGAUGCUUCUGGGAAUGGAAAUGAGGUAGAGGGAGAGGAGUCGGAUGACGAUGCUUCUGAUGCGGACGAUUCUUCAAUGGAUAAUGAUCUUUUGGCAGAUGAAUUCACAUUUAACAAAAUCAACUGGCUCAAAUUGGGCGUAUCAUACCAUCAACUUAGUAAAAAAGCUAUUUCGGUAAAUUUCUUACAUGGCCCAUUGGCUAGUGAACGAAAGCGAGCCGCUCCUCGUGCAAGAACAGUGGAUGAUACAAAGAAUGGUACUUCGACAACUGCUAGAGCAGUUGAAGCACGGGAUAUUCAAGACGAUGAGGAGAAAAAUACUGCUUAUAUGGUGCGGAUGAUUUACGAAAUCUACUUGACGAAGGACGAUGGUGAGGAGUUGAAUUUUUACAAGUUUUUCAUUGAUCCGUUUUCAUUUGCCCAAUCAGUUGAAAAUUUGUUUUACACUAGUUUCUUGGUAAAGGAUGGCAGAUUGAAAUUAUACCGAGGGAAAAACGGGUACCCGUGCAUAAUGAGGGUGAGUCAGCAAGAGAUAGAAGAAAGCAGACUCGAUGGUAGUAAUUUGUUUUCGUCGCACCAUAUUGCCACAUUCAAUUAUGACGUAUGGCAUUACUUGAUCGAGACAUUUGGCAUAAAGGAUUCAUUUUUGGGACAUCGAGAUGAAGAUGAAGACCAGGUACCUGAAGAGGAUUUAAUUGAAGAAGAAGAUGAAGAGGCAAGUGAAAAUGGAUAUGGAAAUGGAAGAGAGAUUGAAGAAGAAGAAGAAGAAAAAGAAGAAGAGGCUGCGGUGGCAGAAAUGUUAAAUGGCAAAGCAUCGAACAGCAUAGAUUCUUUGCCAAACUCCAUGGGAAGCAGUCCGUCAACGACAGCAAGUUUUGAAGAAGACUAA